AUCUCAAUCUUCGUCUUCAGCGCUCCCAUAAGCGCCAUGGAUCGCUUCAAGAACUUGACGAAACUCCAAGUGGAGGUGGAGGAGGAGAACGGAGAUGGAGGAUACGACGGAGAGAAGCCGUUGGAGGCACAAAAUGAAGAGGCGGAGGCAAAGGAAGUCGCUGAAGAGAUGGGACAAUUCACGGGAUUGAAGGUCCGGAGGAGGGCCGCGCUCUUCGGCGAGUGCAAGGGGGACUACGUCGGCGUCCCAUCCGAUCCCUUCCUCCACAGGAUCUUGACCAAGCAAGGUGACAUUACAGUUCUUUUUGCUGACAAGGUGGUUAAGUUCACUGGAUCUGGGAAGAUGAAGAAGCAUAUUUUGCUAAUUACAGAUUUUGCUAUCUAUCUUGUUGAUCCUGAUGCUGAUGUCUUAAAAAGGCGAAUAGCACUUGCAGCUGUUGAAAAGAUAUGCUUGAGCAAAUUCGAUGAUAAUUUUUUUGCACUCAUCGUUCCUACCGAGUAUGAUUGUCUUAUGGCGAGCACAAGAAAAAUAGAGAUUGCAAAUGUGCUAACGGAAGCCACUAAGGGUGCAUCUGAGGAAAUUGAGGUGGAUUUCUCUGACAGGUUUGAGUAUCAUGCUGCUGACGACAUGGUGAAAGAAGUUGAAUUUGAGGAAGUAAAUGGGGGCAUUAAAACGAGAAUCACAAGGAAGGAAAUCCAGUGAGUGGAGUCCCCACCUGGCAUUUUUGAAGCACCCAAUGUAUAGGCUCCAUUUUCCUUUUAACAUUGGAACAUCCUUGCCACCACCGGCUUCCAUAUAAUUUUGUUCUCUUGAAGAAUCAGCACAUUUGGCUCCCAAAUUCACAUUUGUUAUAUCCCUAACCAUUAUAGCAACUUUCUGAAGCUGGAGUUUGUUCUUUGUGCAUCCGUUAGGAUAUUGUUGUUUGGCUGUGUCCAUUUAUUUGGCAAGUCCUUGAGAGUCAAUUUGUUUCAACUUUUGCCUUUGAUGAUGCCAAAGAGUUUCAAUAUCUUAUUGAUAUGUUACAGCAAAAUGGCUUUUGCUAAAGGUUUCUUUCA